AUGGCCAAUCUAAACAAGGAACUCGUCCUAAGGUAUAACCAACUCCUAUUGUCGCUGGGCCGUGUCCUCGAAGAACUCGCCACCGAUCCUCUCGUCAACAUCAACACCCCCAACCACCAUCCUUCGCGUCCAAAGCCUUUGCCUACUCAACAAAGACCCAAUGUAUCGGGGACCCCUAACGAUAAUGGUGGCAAUAACAAUAACAAUAAUAAUAACAAUAUCGACAAAAAAACCCUCAAUAAUGGGAAAUCGACAAAUGGUCCUGGUAAUAAUGAAACGCCCCAACUAACACCAUCAGGAGAAUUGGACCUUAGCAUCAAGGCUUUAAAUCGGGUCUUGGAUUUGAUGGUGGUGAGCUUGAAUGACGCCAGUGAUUUCUUGAUAAAAGAACAAGCAAAAUUGACCGUGAAACAAGAGCCUAAUAAUAAUAAUAAUGAUAUCGAGGUGAUAAGUCCGAAACAGAGUAUUGAUAAUAAAAUCGAGGUGAAAGCCGAACCACCUGAAGUUACCACCACCCCAAUUGUCAAGAUCGAAGAUGAACCAGUGAACAAGAAACCCAAACUUGAUAUUCCAAUAAUCCAAAAACAGAAAUCGCUUGAGAGCCCUCCAAUUAUUCAAAAAUCUUUGUCUCAACAGCAGCAGCAGCAGCAGCAACAACAACAACAACAACAACAGCAGCAGCAGCAGCAACAACAACAACAACAACAACAACAACAACAACAACAACAACAACAACAACAACAACAACAACAACAACAACAACAACAACAACAACAACAACAACAACAACAACAACAACAACAACAACAACAACAGCAGACCCAAGUCCAACAGAAUGCGUUAGUACAACAACAACAACAACCUCCGCUUAUAAAACAAGAUACUACAGAUAGUGCCAGCUCUCUUCAAAAUAGUAAUAACAACCCGGCAGGAGACUUGAAUUUCCUCAAUUUGAACUUUUCCGAAACAGAGUUUGAUCUCAAUGGACCUACCACCGACAAUCUCCUUGGACCACCAACUAAGAACCCAGCUCCUCAAAAUCCCGCAGUGGCUAAUGCCAAUGGAGAAGAAGGGGAUAUUGAUAACUUGUUGGAUUUGUUGCAAGGGAUCAUUCAAGAUAAAGAUGAAAAUUAG